CGACGUGCUUCCAAUCACCCACCAAAAUCCCAAACUCAAUUAACUCCGAGUUUUGAGUAUUUCAUUGUUAUCCAUAUGUUCAAUGAUCUGGGUUUUGUUGCAUCCUCAAAAUGAAACCCAUGUUUCCCUCCUUCCUCUGUUCCACCUUAAUUCUCCCAUUCUUUUUCUAACAAACAAAUGCUAUCAGAAUUACCUCCAUCACACUUCCUCUCUCAACCAUGUCUUCUAAGCUGAAAGGAAUCUACAAAAGUUUCAAAUUCGUCACGCAUAUUUUCGCAAUGAAAGAUCGCGAGAUGGAAAUUGGUUAUCCGACCGAUGUGAAGCAUGUAUCUCACAUCGGGUUGGAUAAUUCAUCGCCAUCCGGUUCCACCCCUAGUUGGAUCAAGGAAUUCAAAGGUGGCGAGGUUAGUGAAGGAAGAGAUUCGAGUGCAACUGCUGUAACUGCCUUGUCUCAUUGGUCCACUCCUUCACAAGAUUUGUGUGUCGGAUGGGCAGAUUUUGAUGUUUCAAUAGGCUACCAAUCGGCGUCGGACAUAUCGUUGGAGCUUGGGCAGCCACAACUUCCAAAGAAACCAAAGAAAAAAAAGAGCUGCAAGCAUACCUCCUCCUCCUACUCAACAACAACAAACUCCAAACCUUCCUGAAAUAAAUAUACACUUUUUGGAACUAAAUUAUUUAAUUGUUUAAAAAGAAACAGAAGGCAGCAACAUGGAUGAUGGUUGGAGUGAACUCCGUGGACAGGCCCAACCGACGA